AUGGGAUCCAAUAAUAGCAAAGCCACUUCCUCUACAACUUCUUCUUCUUCUGCUUCAAGAAAUUUCAGGAAGAGGAGUCGCUCUAAGGCUCUCAGAGGGUUUCAUUCUUAUUGCCUUGGAACUAGUUCUGGAUCUCAAGACAGUGAUGAUGAAGACCAGGUCUGUGAUAGUAAUAAAGUAGAUGGCAGUGUUGUUACAUAUGCUGAUGGCAAUCUAUCAGACUCAGAUGCGGUGAAGUCGAAAUCUCUAAGAAAGGUUAAAGCUGGUGACAGUGAGAAUACUUGUAUGCCUAACAUCAAUCUUGGUGAGUGGAGUGAAACAAGGAUCCGCGACACUUCAUCUGGAAGUCGCACCAGCUCUGUGCACGCUUCUGCAACUUAUUCGUUGAAUCCAACAAGUCGAUUCCUCUCUCGACUUAGGAGAUUUACUAGUUCAAGGUCAUCAAGGCCUUGUCCGGUUUCGUCUCCAAGUUUUUCAAUAUUUGACAAUGAGGAUGAUGCAUCAGGAUCAGGUUUGCCUUGUUGCAACAUGCAGAGAAAUCCUAGUUGUGGCAUUGGUGCAAGUGACGAGUUGGAUGUGAACUUGUUUUCUUCGAGAAUUCAAGCAGAGAUGGAUACUAUUGAGACUAGGCAUAUAGAUCGACGAAAUAGAGUUCGAGAACCAGUUGAACAUAAUGUUCGUUUUAGUCGAACUUUAAGUGUUGGAAGGCUUCGUGACAGAGUUCUUCGCCGAUCAACAUCAUCUAACCUUACCUCAUUCCCUCUACGACAAGAGAGAGAACUGAGAGAUGAUAGUCAGAAUACUCGAAGGCAAACAGUGGAGCCAGAUUCAAGAGUUUCACCAUCAGAUCAAAGUGCUGUUAGUUCUUCUACAUCUAGUAUGUCUAACUCCAUGUUUAGCAAUCAAAACUAUGAAGUCGAGAGCUCACAAUUGCAAGACGGUAGGUAUCGGGAUCUACUGGAGCAUAGAUUCAAUUUCCUUGAACGAGGAAGAAGAAUACAGUCACAGGCCCGUUCUCUUGAGCGAUUAGGUAGCCGUUUUGAAAAUCAAUCUGCACAUGGGAGAUCAUGUAUCUUGUCUGGUCAACAUAGAAGUGGUCGUUGUAUGUGUCGAUUUAGAAAUCGUGACACGAAUUCAAAUGAUGAUUCUGGUGCUAGAGCUAGCAUAUCUAGAAUUGUUGUUCUUGCAGAAGCUUUAUUUGAGGUUCUCGAUGAAAUCCACCAGCAAUCUGUGGUUUUAUCUUCCCAUUCUUCUGCGUCUUCUCUUGGAUGUGUUCCCGCACCUAUCAAUAUCGUGGAGUCUUUGCCUGUCAAGUUAUACGAGAAGUUGCCUAAGCAUCAAGAAGAUGCUACACAAUGCUAUAUAUGCCUUGUGGAGUAUGAGGACGGAGACAGCGUGCGAAUUCUUCCUUGCCAUCAUGAAUUUCAUAGAACAUGUAUAGACAAGUGGUUGAAAGAGAUUCACAGGGUAUGCCCGCUAUGUCGGGGGAACAUCUGCAUUUCUGAUUCAGGACUUUAG